GCUGCACGCAUCGAAGCGCAGAGACUGUUGUUUAAAAAAAAAACCACGCACACACCGGCAUGGAAACGCUGGCAGGCGGAUUUAGAGGCACGGAGCGGGCUGGUGAGCAGGUUUAGCCCUCCUUUGGGACUUUUUUUUUGUGCAGGAGCAGGAAGGAGAAACAAGGUGCGGAGAACGCUACGGUGUUUCAACGCAGCAUGCCCGAGUUGGAAUAGAAGCGACCCUGCUGGAGCGCAACACGCACGCGGAACGGCGCUGAUAGCCGGGAGGGAUAUUUACAAUAGAAACUCAAAUCCGUUGUGAAGAAGAAUAGCAAAGGGGGAGGAGGAGUGAAAGAUAACACUGGAAUGAAGUGGACCUCGGGAUUCCCAGCGUGCUGCGGAGUUGUGACUGAUGGAUGAAUGUGGUCAUCUGUAGGCUAUAAACAGCGACAGGUACAGACAUCAUCAGGGGAGCUUUGACAAAGACUCGGCGCUGCGCUUCAUCUGCACACUCCAGAAACUGUGCCACCGUUUAGAUCCGUUUCAGCACGCAUGAGAUCGUAUCCUGGAGUUGUCUCUACAGAGCAAUAAGGUCGCGGGGGCUGUUUUUGUCUCAGCUACAGGUCAACCAGGACACUCGAGGGGCUGCUUGCUUUCCUCCCAGAUCUGAAGCAAGAACCGGGUGGGCUUUUUUUCACGUCCUGUACGCAGUUCAGUCAAGGACACGGGGGCCUGGAGCUCAUUUUUAAGAAGUCGGACAGAAGGACAUGUAUCUGAUAUCGACUUCACAUGCUCCUGACUGAUCGUAGCUCACCUUCCCACCGGGCGAACCGCACGUAAAGGCUGCCAAGGCGCACCGUCCGACGCUCUGAGUUAUCGUCUCUCUGUCUGUGCAUUUAGCAGAAUGGCGGGACUCGGUUGUUGGAAGUAUUAUCUCUGGAUCUUUAUUUUAAUGUGCAGGUCGGCGUUACCUUCUGCCAAAUCGUUGGAGACUAUAAUUUGGAGCUCCCAGAAUUCCAAGUUCCUGGCUGGAAAAGGCCUAGUUAUCUACCCAGACAUUGGGGACAAAUUGGACAUCAUUUGUCCGAAAGCGGACCAGGGCAGAGACUAUGAGUACUACAAGCUGUAUCUGGUGAAGAGGGAGCAGGCCGAGAGCUGCAGUACAGUCCUGGAUCCUAAUGUCCUGGUCAACUGUAACAAGCCGGAGAAGGACAUCAAGUUCACGAUCAAAUUCCAGGAGUUCAGCCCAAACUACAUGGGCCUGGAGUUCAAGAGGAACGUCAAUUACUACAUCACCUCAACCUCCAACGGCACGGUCGAGGGCCUGGAGAACCGGGAGGGAGGCGUGUGCAAGAGCCGAGCCAUGAAAGUCAUCAUGAAAGUCGGACAAGUCCCGAACGCAGCUGGCUCUGAGGAGCCGGAGUCUCCAGAAACCAACGCCAUACCCGAGUCCAGUCCCAGUCCGCCUGACCAGGAUCGAAUUGGACCUGCAAUGCCAGGAAGCCCUGAUCACAUGAAUCAGGACCAGUCCGGUUCCUCUGCAAGCUCAGACGGUAUCCUUGGCUCCAAAGUGGCUGUGUUCUCGUUCAUUGGGGCCGGCUGCAUCAUCUUCCUCCUUCUCAUCCUCCUCCUUGUCAUUUUGCUCAUCAAGAUGCGUAAGCGUGCCAGGAAAAAUGCCCACUCGCAGCCCCGCCCCUCAGCUCUGUCGCUCAGCACGCUGUCCAACCCCAAGCUCCCAGGGGGCACGGCUGGCACAGAGCCCAGUGACAUCAUCAUUCCGCUGCGGACAGAGAACAACUACUGCCCUCACUAUGAGAAGGUGAGCGGCGACUAUGGCCAUCCUGUCUACAUAGUCCAGGAGAUGCCCCCGCAGAGCCCUGCCAACAUCUACUACAAAGUCUGACAUGCUCCGCACAGCCAGCCACCCCGUCAGGAGAGAGAAUGAGAGGAGCGCUUGAUAUAUGUUCUUGGGAAGGACACUUUCCUCUGCAUUUAUGGGACUUCUUCAAGCCCGUGUUAUUUCUACCACCUGCUGCACAAAUCUGGAGAGACACGCACUGACCAGUGACCAGGGUUGUGAGCUGACUGUUGAGAGAGGUUUAUUCUGUUUGUUUGGGUUGCUUGACAAUCCCCACCCCCUUCUCCUCCUUCUCCUUCCCUCACCUCCCACCUUCUACACCUCCUCGAUGCGCUCUGAAAGUGGGGCGGGGCUGAAGCGAACCAACAGAUGGAACUCAAGCUUCCUGGUUCGCUGUCCCCUUUAACGGCCAGGAUAUCUCAGUUCCCUGAAGUACAGUCUGUGCUACACCCAAUUAAACACACCAUUGCUAGCACACUAGCCAGGAGCAGGCAGACACAGGCCCUGGAUGCCACUCAGCCUGCAGUUUGUGUGCAAGCCUAAAAACGUGUGUGCGUGUCUGCGUGUUUGUGUGCGUGAGUGUAAGUCAGGGCUCCGUGCUGGGCCAGGGAACUCUCCAGAUAGCUCAGGUAUCAGACACAGUGUGUGAAAAUGACGUGUUCCUCUCCCUUCGCACCUCUGAUGUUUGCCUUACUUACUAUUUUUGAUGGAGGAUUUCCUCGAACCCUGAGUCAGUUCACAAAGCAGUUGUAUUUUGUUAGACUUUUCCUACAAGUGCACAAUGUAUAGAGUUGAAUAGAUCAUCGAUAUCACUCCAUCUUUCACCACCCAUGUCAUCCAUCGUACCCAUAACUUUUCCUGUACCUUGACCUGGACUGUUGAUCUCGAGGUGUGUAUGUGUCUGUGUGUGUUUUCUUGGAGUUCUCCCGUCUCCACUGGUCUGAUAUGAGCUUUACCAUUACUCUGGUAUUUAUGACUUACUUGUGGGUGCGCCUGUUGUGUGAGUGAGUGUUGGGCAUGUCAGGACUAGUUUAUAUCUGGGCAGACUAAUUAGCUUAGGGGUAGAACACUACGUUACUGUAUUGCACCUGCAAAAACAGGCAGACAGAUCUUAAACACCCUUCCUCUGCUCCACUUGGCAUCCAUAGAGGUGUCUGAUGAGCUUCGUGGGAGCUGGUUUUAAAGCAGCAGGCAGGUUGAUAUUUGUUUGUUCUGGCUUCUGGUGCUACUGUGUUAGCAUCAAACAGAUAGCUUGAUGGCAAGAUGGGUGUAGGUUGGCGCUGAUCUGCUGGCCUACAUAGGUAGGAUGCCCUAAAUAUAAGUUGGAUGGCGAGAGCUGGGAUACAGUAUUGUCACAUGCCAAUUGGCUGCCAUCUGUAGAUGAGCUGGUGGAGCGCGCAGUCGUGGCUUCGCCAGCGUGUGACUAAUCUAUGUGCCAUCUCGAUGCCCACACUCACCAGAGAGAGAGAGAGUGAGAGAGAGAGUGAAUGUUCCUGUGACUUUAACCUGAGAGGAAGAUGGGGGGGCUGAUGGGGAUAAGAGGGGGUGACGGGUGAGGUGGUAGUUUAGCAUUAAUUUUUCCAUCCUCUCACCGGUUGUGCUGUGAAUAAAAAUGCUGUGCAGGAUAUUCCUCAGUCAAGGUGUUCAGCCAGCGAAGAGGACACUGCAGCUCAGCUAUCACACAGCCCAGGGCAGCAGCACCGAGACAGGAUUUACAGCGGCUGGGUGCGUGCAUGUGAGUGCACGCCAAAGUCAGCUUUCAGGUGCUGUUGGUGUUCGAAUCUGUCUGCGUGCACACGUUUGUGUGCUCAUUUGUGCUUAUAUUUGCAGCUUUUUCUCAGCGUGUGGGUGUUGGUGAAUGCUGGUGUGGUCGAGCAGACAAACAGUCUUGUUUUGGGAUUGGAUCUAGGUGCUCCAAACAGUGUGGCUGCCAAAGUACGGAGCGCCGCAGUCCUAGUUAAUGAUGUGUGAGAGGAGAGGGGGAGCAGAUAAGGACAGCUAUUCCUCAGCACACGGACUUGAGCUGACGUUUGACGCACAUGUGCACACACACGCGCAGACACACCAAGACCGACGGGUCCAGGUUUAUCUCCAGUCAAACGGUCAGUCUGCCAGUCGAUGUUUUCUCACCGGCAGACACCCAUCAUCCGCUGCCACAUACUAUUGCCAUCCACGGAGACACUGCUGAGUUAAAAGGCAGCCCAGCUUGAAGACUCGGGGAAGACUCCAGUGGCGUUUGCGUGUCGUUAACCUCUGAGUUAACAACCUAAACAGCUGCUUGUACUUUUGUGGUCCUGUGUUUUAACUCAGCAUGCAGCCCGCAGUGGCCCUCUGUGAAACACAUUUACAUCAAAUGUUUUUGUUUCGGAUCGGUGCGCAUCCAUUCACCUACACCAGCCAAGGGAGUCAUUACCAAAUUACCACCAACCAUAUCUCAUUUUUAUUCAUUCUUGUGACCACUUAAUGUUAUUCAAUUUUUUUUUGUUUGUUUUGAGAAGAAAAAAAUUAAAAAGAGAGAGAAAUGUAAAUAUAUGGAUAGAGCCCAAUUUAAGAUGUAAUUUCACCUGAACACUGCUCAUAAGAAAAAUUUACGACUAGAUUUUUGUAAUGGAGGAUGUUUGUAAAUAGCUGUCUUUUUAAAGUGUGUUUUGUAUGAAUCCUUGCAUUUUGUCUCUGUUUGCAAUAUGUUUUUAUUUUCUGUUCUUUUAGAGUUAAACUAAAUAUUGCAACGGACACAUGAGCUGUCUUUUUCGCAGCGUCCAGUAUUGUCAAACAAGUCUUUGUUACCACAUGUGUUUAAAUAAAUGGGGUUCAGAGUUUUUACAUCGCCAUUCAACAGGAUUCUAGUUGCUGAGAAACUGUUCAGGACUGAAGCUCUGUCAGCACACAGCUUUGAAAUGGAUAGGUCGUUGAAACUAUGAAAGAUAAGGCCACUUCUCUGUUGGAGACAGCACUUAGCUCUGCAUAUGAAGACUGUUUUAUUCCACUGCCUUUGAGUUACCUACACCUUCCACUCCAUUAUAACAAAAACAUUUUGGGCCAGAAAAGAUUAAUCUUUUCUCAGUUUUAAUAAGUCUAUCGGGCUGGAUGGAGAGAGAGAGAGGGAGAAAAAAGAGGCCACGAAUGAGAGUGUGACCGUUCUGCGCUCGCCAAUAAAUCAUCCGGUUUACACCACUCAUUAUCUCCCAGGCGGUCCUUUGUUUUAAAGUUGCUCUCUCCCUCCUUUCCUAAUUUAGCUCAAAGAUGUUGGCUCACAAGAGCCUCACUGUAGGUUGAUUUCUGCUAUUGUUCAAAGCCACAGUAUUAUUUUUCAAUGUGCAUGUGUAAGCAAAACCUGUUGAAUUUGUUUCCCUUUGUUUGAAUCAUAACUGUCAAUUUUUGUUAUUUUAUUUUAAUUUUUUUUUUUUUUGCCACUCACUUUCUCGCCGCUUCUCAGCGUAACCUAUUGGCACCAGCUACAAUGGAAAUAACGUUCCACCAGUUUGGAAACUACCGCAUAUUGAUAAAUAAAAUUUUUCCCAUGGAAUUUG